GGCGCCGUGAAUUGUGGUGGCCACGAGAAAUCCUCCGCGGAUUCUUCCUCCCUGCGGACGCUUGAUAAAGCCGGCGCCGUGAGGCCAAGAAUCUAUCGGGACAAGAACGUGCACUCACUGCUCGCUUCGUUUGAUCUCCUGAUUCCCGAUAGAGAGCUCGCCGUGGAUGGCUGCCAUGGCGGCGUCCCACUGCGCGUCCUCCUCCUCCGCCUUCCUUGGCCUCCCGCUCAGUAACGGUCGGCGCUACAGCAAUUCUUGCUUCUUUGUUGCCAAUGUCAAGCCGCCGUCCUCUGCCGCGACGCCGGCGCCGAUUGCCGCCGCGCUUGACAAGGAGACCGGGGCGGCGAAGCCUCGGAGGUCCCGGAAUCGCCGUUCCAGGAAGGCGACCAAGUCCGGCUCCACCGCGCUGCUCACCCCCGACGAUCCCGCGGAGGCCAAGAACGGGGACCUCGAGGCCGAGGAGGCGGCGAACGGCGGGGGCGGCGGCAGGGGGAUGGUGGCGCUGGACGACGUGAUCGUAAACCCGGUGGGGCUGGGCCGGCGGUCCCGGCGGGUGUUCAAUGAGGUGUGGCGCAAGUUCUCGCAGCUCGGCCAGAUGUCCAGCGCCUCCGUCGCAGUGCCCGAGCAGGACCCCGCCGUCCUCUUCCGCGGCGGUCCCAUGUGUGACUUCGCAGUGCCCGGCGCGCAGGACACCACAGUCCUCGUCGUCGGCGCUACCAGCCGCAUCGGCCGCAUUGUCGUCCGUAAGCUCAUGCUCCGGGGAUACAUCGUCAAGGCAUUAGUUAGAAGGAAUGAACCGGAUGUGAUCGAUAUGCUUCCACGGUCUUUGGAUGUUGUGGUUGGUGAUGUUGGCGACCCGUCUUCUGUUCAAGCUGCUGUAUCAGGUUCCAACAAGGUAAUUUACUGCGCGACUGCGCGGUCGGCCAUUACCGGAGACCUUAACAGGGUUGAUAACCAAGGAGUAAGGAAUGUUACCAAGGCGUUCCAGGAUUACUACAAUCAGCUGGCCCAGUCAAGGGCUGGUAAGAGCAGCAAGAGCAAACUUCUGAUUGCCAAAUUUAAAUCUCCUAAAUCUGUGCAAGGAUGGGAGGUGCGGCAGGGGUCAUACUUUCAGGAUAUCUAUCCUUCUAGGUUUGAUGGAGGCACAGAUGCGUCAUUUGAAUUUGCAGAAAGUGGACAGGCUGUUUUCUCAGGGUUUGUUUUCACAAGGGGUGGCUAUGUUGAAGUAUCUAAACGGCUUUCACUUCCUUUGGGCUCCACCCUAGACAGGUAUGAUGGCUUGCUUCUUUCGGUGGGUGGAAAUGGAAGAUCGUAUGUUAUUAUUCUUGAGACUGGUCCACUGGCUGACACCUCACAGAGCAAGAAGUAUUUUGCUCGGAUGAACACAAAAAUUGGGUUUUGUAGGAUAAGAGUGCCAUUUUCAGCUUUUCGGCCAGUCAACCCACAAGAUCCUACACUGGACCCAUUUCUUGUCCACACACUAACCAUCAGAUUUGAACCGAAAAAGCAGAGACCUGGUGAUUCAUCUCAAGGAUCUAGUGACCCCAGAAACUUUGAGCUAAAAAUGGAAUUCAUUAAAGCAUUACCAACUACUCAAGAAACAGACAUUGUACUGGUCUCGUGCACAGGCUCAGGAAUUGAACCUAACAGGAGAGAACAAGUCCUGAAAGCAAAGAAGGCUGGAGAGGAUGCACUGCGGAGAUCUGGCCUCGGAUAUACAAUUGUACGCCCAGGUCCACUGCAGGAAGAACCUGGCGGUCAGCGCGCCUUGAUCUUCGAUCAAGGGAACAGGAUCUCUCAGGGCAUCAGCUGCGCUGAUGUAGCAGACAUCUGCGUCAAAGCGCUGCACGAUUCCACAGCAAGGAACAAAAGCUUCGACGUGUGCUAUGAGCAUGUUUCAGAGCAAGGGAACGAGCUGUAUGAACUUGUGGCCCAUCUGCCUGACAAGGCGAAUAACUACCUCGCGCCAGCUCUCUCGGUUCUAGAGAAGAACACCUGAUCAGUGAGCCAUCCUGAGUGGCAGUAUGAAUGGAGGAUAUAAACAGGAGAACAACUUUCCUUGUGUAUACUACACUCCUCUGCAAAGCUUUUUUUUUUCCUUUUCGUACAGAAGCCGUGUGGAGUCCACUCCACAUGACGCCAUAGUUGACGCUGAAAUUUGCUGCUGCUUUUUCCUCCCGAUGUAAAUUUUUCUUUUUCUUUUUUUGGUGUGGGGACAGGAAGGACCCGGUUCCUCUGAUUUCACCUAGUAAAAUCAAUGAAGAAUAGUGUUUUGUGAGAGAUGAAUAAAACUAAAGCGGUUUUUUACUAUUUACAAUACUGUACCAUCAAAUCUGAUCUGUUUAUCUCAAAUAAAAGGUUCGCUGCUUGUUAAAGUCACGUGACUUUACGGGACGAUCUCAUUCCGGACAGGAAAUAGAUGGCAAAGAGGAGGUUGUAUAGCAGAAAUUGCAACUUUGGAAACUGUGAGGCCUCUGAAUGCCGACUAGGCUAGAGGUGCUUCUUUCUUCACAGGGGUUGGGUCGAAUUCAUCCAACUGAGAAUUCAGACGUGUCAAUUGGUAUCUGAGCUGCUAAUGUAUUUUUUGAGACAGAAUCUACCAUUGAAAAUGAUAAUUUCGAUGUACAUAUA